AAUCAAGCAACCAUGGACGUUGGACGGUGAUGUCCAUUUUUGAUUUUAUUUUCGUGACAUAUCUUUAUUUUUUACAUGCUUUUAGUUAAUUUGAUUACUAUUUUUAUUUUUAAAUAUAGUGAAACAUGAGUUAUUAGCUGUUUUCUUAUUGAUUUAUUGUUAAUGAUUUAGUUUUGUUUGUGUUCUGUUGAUUAUUUCAACAUAAUGAAGGUGGAUAGGAGCGCUUGGAGGCGUCGCGCUGCGCUAAAUUUUACAGGUUGCCUCGCGCUCCUGUUGAUUACAGCGUCAGGUAUACUCGCGACGGGUCCACUCGGCCCGUCCGAGAGACCAGAGGCCUACUUCAACGGCUCCUCCUACAUACGCCUCGCCACUCCCUUCUCACUGAAGCAGCUCGUCGGACUCAGCUUUCGGACUUGUGUCGGAGGCGAGUUGUUCUCUCAGAGGUACGAGGGCUACACGCUGCACGUGACGGCUCUGUACGAGCAGGUGGUUGUGUCGUGGGCUCGGCCGGGGCAGUCGCACCGAGAGGUGGGCCUCGUCAAGGAGACUCUCGACAACCGCUGGCACUGGGUCGCACUCAGAUACAGGCCCAAUCCGCCCUCGCUACUCCUUGAAGUCGAUAAGGACACGCAGGUGAUAUCGAACGUGACGUGGAAUCCCGAGCUGUUGACACCGGGUGCGCUGGAGGCGCGCGAGGCGGUGGUGCUGGUGGGCAACCUGUUCAGCGGCUGCGUGCACGAGGGCCCGCAGCUGGAGUUUCACGCGGCGCACGUACUGCAGAGCACCGUGCGCUUCGGAAACUGCCCGCUCACCACAGACGACUGUAUAGAUAGAAAAGACGUUUUGAGAAUACCACCGAAAGAUCACUGCUACAACGAACCGUGUUUGAGGCACGGCACCUGCAUAUCGAGACACGAUAAAUACGAGUGCCACUGCACGGCGCGCUACACGGGCAACAACUGCGAGGUGGACGCGGGCGACCCGUGCGCGUCGGCGCCGUGCCGCAACAGCGCGCACUGCGUGGAGGACGCGCGCGGGGACUACGCCUGCCUGUGUCCGCCGCACUACCACGGCACCUACUGCGAGCUGGAGGAGUCGCUGGACCCGCAGUGCGUGGCGGGCCCGUGUCGCAACAACGGCAGCUGCAGCGUGCCGCCCGGAGCAGACGAAUACGUGUGUGACUGUCCCUCUGGUUACACGGGUCGUAACUGCGAGAUCGAUAUCGACGAGUGCUCGUCCGCGGGCGCGGAUGCGUGCCUCAACGGCGGCCGCUGCGUCGACGACGUCGACAACUACACUUGCGACUGCGCCGGCACCGGCUACGGCGGCGCGCGCUGCGAGCUCAACGUGAACGAGUGCGAGGAGGAGCGCGGCGUGUGCGGCCACGGCGCCUGCUACGACACGUACGGGGGCUUCGUGUGCGCCUGCCUGCCCGGCUACACCGGCGAGCGCUGCCACCAGAUGUCGGCGUGCGCGUCGGGCCCGUGCGGCGUGGGCGGCGCGUGCGUGGAGGAGAACGGCGGCGCCGGCUUCCGCUGCGUGUGCGCGCGCGGCCUGGCGCCGCCGCUGUGCGAGCCCGCGCCCCCCGCGCCCCCCGCGCCCGCCGCGCCCGCCGCGCCCGCCGCCUGCGCCGAGCUGCAGUGCCCGCCGCGCUCGCACUGCCGCGCCGGAAUGCCCGCCAUGGUGGCCGGCGUGAUGGUGUCCAAGCAGGUGCUGUGCGUGUGCGACCUGGGCUACUACGGCGCGCCGGGCCCCGCCCCCAACUGCAGCGCGCUGGAGGCGGCGUGCGAGGCGGGCGUGUGCCUCAACGGCGCCACGUGCACGCGCGCCGCCGACCACUUCAACUGCAGCUGCGCGCCCGGAUACAAGGGCGUGUACUGCGAGCUGGGCCCCGCCGGCAAGGCGCUGUCGGAGCGCUGCGCCGCCGCGCCCUGCGCGCACGCGCUCGCCUGCCGCGACCUCGCCACCGGCUUCCGCUGCGAGUGCGAGGCGGGCUGGAGCGGCGCGCGCUGCGACGUGGCGAGCGCGGGCGCGGGCGCGGGGGCGGAGGGCGCGGCGGCCGACGGCGCGGCGUGCGGGCGCGGCUGCGUCAACGGCGGCACGUGCCGCGCCGACGGCUGCGAGUGCCGGCCCGGCCACGGCGGCGCCAACUGCGAGCUGGCGCUCGACUGCCGCGCCUCGCCCUGCCCGCCCAGGCAGGAGUGCGUGGAGCAGGGCGGCGCGUGGCGCUGCGCGGCGGGCGCGCCGGACUCUGCGUGCGCGUCGUCGCCGUGCCACAACGGCACGUGCCUCGCGCUCGACAACGGCCUGUUCCGCUGCCAGUGCCCGCCCGGACACAACGGACGAUUCUGCGAGCUGGAUAUUGAUGAAUGUACGCUGAUGCCGAAAAUAUGCAACAAUGGAGUUUGUGUCAAUCUCCCUGGCUCCUAUCAGUGUUAUUGCAAGCCGGGAUAUACGGGCGACAGUUGCGAGCAGGACAUCGAUGAAUGUUUGUCGUCACCAUGUAAGAACGGCGGCACAUGUCAGAAUUUAGAAAAUAAUUACGAGUGCACCUGCGUGGAGGGAUACGAAGGCAAGGAUUGCUCCAUUAACAUCAACGAGUGCGCGACCAACCCGUGCGCGUCCGGCUCCACGUGCGUGGACGGCAUCGCCAGCUACAAGUGCGUGUGCCAGGACGGACUCACGGGCCCGCACUGCGAGAUCGAUAUCGACGACUGCGAGUCGAGUCCGUGCGAGCACGGCGGGCGCUGCGUGGACGGACUGAACGGCUACACGUGCGAGUGCAGCGGCACGGGCUACUCGGGCGACGACUGCGAGAUCAACAUCGACGAGUGCGCGCCGCGGCCCUGUCGCAACGGCGGCACCUGCCUCGACGACGUCAACGACUACCACUGCUCGUGCUACCCCGGCUUCACCGGCAAGAACUGCGAGACCGACGUGGACGAGUGCGAGAGCUCGCCGUGCAAGCACUCCGGCGUGUGCCUGCAGCGCAGCGACCGCAGCCUGUACCGCACGCGCGACGCGCCGCCGCCCGCGCUGCCCGCGCCGCUGCCCGACGUCUUCUACCAGCCCUUCUCGCUCGACACCGCCAGCGGCUACGAGUGCGUGUGCGUGGCGGGCACGACGGGCCCGCGCUGCGAGAUCAACAUCGACGAGUGCGCGUCCUCGCCCUGCAAGCACGGCAAGUGCGUGGACGCCGUGGGCGGGUACAGCUGCGACUGCGCCGCCGGCUACGAGGGCCAGCACUGCGAGCUGGAGAUCAACGAGUGUCUCCGGUACACGCCGUGCCAGCACGGGCGCUGCUACGACGGGCGAGCCUCGUACUACUGCUCGUGCGAGGCGGGCUGGGGCGGACAGAACUGCUCCGUGGUGCUGACGGGCUGCCGCGACGCCCCGUGCCGCCACCACGGCACGUGCCUGCCCUGGCUCGUGCGCGAGACUGAGCACCGGUUCAACUGCUCCUGCACUCCCGGACACUACGGCACCACCUGCGAGAAGAUAACCACGAUGUCUCUGGAGAAGAGCAGCUACGCGGAGGUGAACACGUCUCGCGAGGAGGGCUACGACAUCUCAUUCCGCUUCAAGACUACGCUUGGCAACGGCUUGCUCGCUAUGGGCCGGGGUCUCACGUACUUCUUCUUGGAGCUGUCCAACGGUCAUCUCAACCUGCACUCGUCGCUGCUCAACAAGUGGGAGGGAGUCUUCAUCGGUUCCAAUCUCAAUGAUAGUAACUGGCAGAAGGUUUUCGUAACGAUCAAUUCGUCACACCUCGUGCUAGCGGCUAACGAGGAGCAAACUAUCUACCCGAUCAGCCAGAACGAGGCGUUCAACGCGUCCGUCACGUCGUUCCCCUCCACACGCCUCGGCACGGCGGGCUCCUCCUACGCCACGCUCACGCACGGCCCCAACUUCUUCGUGGGCUGCUUCCAGGACGUCGUCGUCAACGGACAGUGGGUGCUGCCCGAGGACUCGAACUCGAGCCUGGCCGAGAGUCCGACGGAGCGGGCCCCGGGCGACGAGGCGGAGGGCGCGGAGGGCGCGGAGGGCGCGGACGAGGCGGACGGCUCGGGCGAGGCGGCGGGCGAGGCGGACGAGGCGGACAGGGCGGCGGCGCGCGCCGUGCUGCACCGCGUGCUGGCCUCGUGCCCGCGCACGCCGCAGUGCGCGCCCAACCCCUGCCUGUCGGGCGGCGCCUGCGAGGACCACUGGACGUCGUUCCGCUGCACCUGCCCGCGCCCGCACCUGGGCGACACCUGCCAGUACAACUACACGGCGGCCACGUUCGGGCAGGAGGCGGCGCGGGCGCGCUCGGUGGUGACGGUGCAGGUGUCGGACGCCGCCCGCCGCGCCGUGCACGCCGCGCUCGACAUCUCCAUGUUCAUCCGCACGCGCAAGCCCUCGGGCCAGAUCUUCUACCUCGGCUCGCUGCCCAGGUACGGCCAGACGGAGGAGACGCUGGUGGGCGCGUCGCUGAAGGGGGGCGAGCUGCUCGUCCACCUGCGAUUCAAUCAGACGCCCGAGGACUACACCGUCGGGGGGACCAGACUCGAUAAUGGACAUCUGCAUCUCAUCGAGGUUGUCCGAAAUUCGACUCUGGUACAAGUGAAACUGAACGGUACGGAAUACUUCCGCAAGUCCAUUUCCGCGGCUAAGCAGCUCGACGCGCAGGUUUUAUACCUGGGCGGCCCGCCUCCCCCGCCACAACCGCCGUCACCCCCGCCGGUCGCGGAGGGUGCUUCGCCCUCGCCGACCGCCGUACCGGCUCCCGCCUUGCCGGAGCCGGACGACGCCGACUACUUCAAGGGAGUCAUACAAGACGUGCAGGUCUCGAACGGCGUGAACGUGACGGUGGUGGAGUUCUUCCCGCUGCAGGCGGCCGGGCUGCGCGUGCCGGCGCCCUUCGGCGAGGUGUCGCUGGACCCGGCCGGCGUGCUGCGCGGCGUGGUGUCGGACGACGCCUGCGCCUCCCGGCCCUGCCUGCACAACGCCUCCUGCGCGCUCACCUGGAACGACUACACGUGCACGUGUCCUCGCGGCUACAAGGGCAAGCAGUGCGCCGAGGUCGAGUUCUGCCAGCUGCAGGGGUGCCCGCUCAACUCGCACUGCCGCAACCUCGACCGCGGAUACGAGUGCGUGUCGAACGCGACCUUCGACGGAGUCAACACGACGCUGAGCUACCGCCUGCGCGAGCCGCGCGCCGCGCUGGCCGCCGAGCCGCUGCGACUGGAGCCGCCGAGCUCGCUCACCAUCACCUACAGGAGUAAGGUGGGCGGCACGCUGUUCCGCGCGGAGGGCGCCGACUCCGGCGGCGUGUUCAGCGUGGGGCUGUACAAGGGGCAGGUGGGCGUGCAGUGGCGGCUGGGCGGGCUGCCGGCGCAGCGCCGCAUGCGCGCGCGCCGCCCGCACCACGCCUGGGUCACGCUGCGCCUCGUGCUGGCCGACGGCCGCCUCACGGGAUCGUUCGUGGACGCCGACGGUCACGAGGAAGUGGGUCUGUCGGACACCAUCGACGUCGCCGCGUGGCAGCGGUUGGUCACCGAGGGCCUCAUUACGCUGGGAGGCGUGCGCGCCGGUACCCCCCCGGCUACCGUGCGACCCACCGGCCCUUCCACCACCACCGUCAUGGAGAACUCCACGGAUCCCAGCGUGUUUGAAUAUUCCGAAGGAGACGAGUUCAUAGACGACAACUUGGCCGGAGAAUAUUUCAAGGGCUGCUUGGGCGCCGUGCACGUGGGCGCGCUGUUGCUGCCCUUCUUCACGGAGGAGCAGCUGUUCGUGGGCUCGGCCGCCGCCCUGCUGGCCGCGCAGCCGCACUACGCGCUGCUUUCGGGUUCACCGUGGGGUGCGUCGAGCGGCGUGGGCUGCGUUUUGUGCGUCGAGGCGCAGUGCGUGCGCGGCGCGUGCGCGGACGUGCGCAACUCGUACGCGUGCGCGUGCCCGCCCGGGUACACCGGCGACUACUGCCAGAUCGACAUCGACGAGUGCGAAAACAAUCAGUGCCAGAACGGCGCCACCUGCAGAGACGACGUCGCCAAGUACACCUGCGAAUGCGCCGAGGGUUUCGACGGAGAAUUCUGCGAGCACGACAUCGACGAGUGCGAGUCGGGCCCGUGCGCCAACGGCGGCACGUGCGUGGACCUGGCGGGCGGCUACCGCUGCGAGUGCGGCGCCGAGUGGCGCGGGGCGCGCUGCCAGCAGCCGCGCACGCGCACCUGCGCGCACCGGCCCUGCGCGCCGCCGCCGCGCGCGCUGUGCCGCGACGUGCCCGACCCGGUGAACGGCAACAACUACACGUGCGAGUGUGCGGAGGGAUUCCAGGGCGUCCACUGCGAGCUCGCCUUCUGCGAGGUGGAGCCCUGCCUGCACGGGCGCUGUGACGUCGACGCCGUCCCGCCGCAGUGCGCGUGCGAGGCGGGCUGGAGCGGGCGCGCGUGCGGCGCCGAGCGCGACGAGUGCGCGGGCGCGGCGGCGUGCCUGCACGGCGGCCGCUGCGUGCCGCGCCGCCGCCCGCCCGUGUGCGACUGCCCGCCCGGCGACAUUGAUAACGCCGCGGUGAGGAAACUUAGCAAACAAUUACACUUUGUGAAUCACUGGCCUCGGGCUGAGGUUACUAUGUCGCGUGUGUGGACCUAUACGUGGAUCGUGCUCCUUGUGGUGGCAGCGUGUGUGCUCGAGUGGCGCGGCGCGCGCUGCGAGGAGGACGUGGACGAGUGCGCCGAGCGCCGAGUGAGCUGCGGGCCCGGCCGCUGCCACAACCUGCCCGGCGGCUACACGUGCGAGUGCGCCGAGGGCUACUGCGGCGACGAGUGCGCGCUGCUCGACCUCUGCUACGCGGCCGGCGCGGCCGAGGCGAGCGAGGCGGACGAGGCGCGCGAGGCGGGCGUCGUCCGCGGGCCCUGUCUGCACGGCCGCUGCGAGCAGGCCUGCGCCGCGCAGGUGGACUACGUGUGCCACUGCGAGGACGGCUGGGCGGGCAAGAACUGCUCGCAGGCGGCCGUGGCGGGCGAGGCCAGCGCGAGCGGCGGGCAGGCCACGCGCGUGGCGCUGGGCGUGGGCGGCGCGCUGGCGGCGCUGCUGCUGGGCGGCGCGGCGCUGGCGGCGCUGGCGGCGCAGGCUCGGCGCAAGCGCGCCACGCGCGGCACGUACUCGCCCUCCGGACAGGAGUACUGCAACCCGCGCGCCGAGAUGAUCACGCACGCGCUCAAGCCGCCGCCGGAGGAGCGGCUCAUCUAGCGCGUCUCCGCUGGGAGACGUCUGUGACCAAUGACAUUAGACGCAGUCGUGUCGUCGGCUCCGUGAUCGAUCCGAUCCCCGCGAUGACUUGUAGUCACAAAGAAUUUUAUAUACGAGUGUAAUCCUCGAAAUAUAUUGCAAAUUUGUAAUUAAAUUGUAAGCUCUCACUGAAACCAUAAUCGAAACGUGUUGUAAAAAGCCUUAGGUACGAAAUGCUUAGUUACGAUCGCGGUACUUUUGUCCGAAUCGAGAUCAUAAAAUAAAUGAUGAAAUAUAUUAUUGGCCGACGACACGCCGCGGUCGCGUGCGUCGCGAGGCCUCCGCCGAAGGUUGGCCGUGAGGUCUCCUGAUGCUUUAAUCGAAUGUCGCCGCUCGGCACCGCGGGCGCCUUCUUACCUGGUAAAUAUUGUAAAUAGUCUUAUCGCGGCCCCAGGUGGCGACUGUGCACUCGACCGAGGCGUACUCGUGCUUCUAUAUGUAUAUUAUUAUAUGUAAUUACUUAGACUAAGUGAAACGAAAAGCGUGCAAGAUUCUAAAUUACUUAUAGUGAAGGCGUCCUCGGCCGCCAACGAAUCCCCGCGCCCGUGCUGCGACCCCCCUCCCCCAUCCUCCUCCGACCCGACACCCCCACAACCCCCCCCCCUCCCGACGGGAGCGCCGGGCGCGCGGGGCGGCGAGGCGUCCGUGCCUUAAACACAAGUCUGUAUAUCGAGGAUUUUAUUAUUGUAUAACUUGAACACUAGGGCUCGAACUGGCUCGAGUAGGCCUAAGUACGCGUAGUGUAAGUGUACAGAGUAGUAGUCCAGUCCGAAGCGACAGCGACGUGAUAAAAUGUACUUAAAUAUUUAAAUCUACCGACACCAGUAUUAUCUGGACUCCCUUGGUCUGAGGUACUUAUUUAUAUUGUGAUAUUUUGUAACUGCGGUCUGCUCUUCGGGCGGGACUGAGGAUCAAUUUUAUAAGAUUUUCAGGUGACGAAGAUUGUAUUUUAACAUGUACAUAGUAAGGACACCCUUUGGUGGCGCUAGGCUAAGUAGUAUUUAUUUUUCAUAACUAUCCAAAUAAUACUAUCUUUAAUUUACUGUGUAGAUAAUAUUUUUACAUCUUUUGACUAGCUUUUUUUGUAAUGUUAAUUAGAAAUGAACUUUGUUUUAUAUAUUUAUAAACUGAAAGCGGUUUUGAAUUAGCAGCUAUUAGAGUGCUCACUGCAAUGUUACCGUCCACAGUUAAGCAUAGUAUGAGAUAUUUUGUUGACCGCACCGUUCUAUUGGCGUGUACUCAUUAUUACUUCACUUCGUCACGUGACUGCAAUAAAAAUAUUCUUUACAAUA